CUGAGAGCAAGACACCAGGCCAGACACCCUCACCCACGGGUGCUGAGCUGGCUGAGGCUGAGGCAGGAGGAGGCUGCACCCAUGGGGUCCCAGCAACCGCCACUGACCACCCUGUACCUGCUGGGGGUGCUGGUCACUUCCUGCCUCGGAGGAGGUUUCAUCAGGGAGAACACAGAGAUCCAGGUGAAGCUAAGUAACUCCAACUCGCAGUGCCAGGGCCGGUUGGAGGUCCACCAACAAAGCCAGUGGUUCUCCGUAUGCAGCCAGAGCUGGGGUUGGAGCUACGAUCACCAGGUGGACGCCGCCGGGAUGGCCGAGCGGCUCUGCAGGCAGCUGCACUGUGGAAAGGCCUCAGGGUUGGCCGUCUUGAUCUUCAACAGCGCAGGGAGCAAAGUCCUCUGCCGCGGACGCCCAGGGUCCUUCUCUAACUGCACCAGCCAAGGGGCAAGCCUGUGCCGCCCUCUGAGCCUGAUAUGCUUAGAGCCACCGACAGUGGCACCUCCACCCACGAGCCCUCCGCCCAUCACCAUUCCGGAGCCCACAGCACCCCCCAGGCUGCAGCUGGUGGCAGGGCCAGAGGGCCUGAGCUGUGCCGGCAUAGUGGAAUUCUACCAUGGAAGCCUGGGCGGCACCAUCAGUGACGAGGACCAGGACCUGACCCAGGGCCUGGGGGAUCGCAUUUGUGGAGACCUCCAGUGUGGCUCCUUCUUGAAGCGUCUGCCAGAGGCUACAAUGGAGGCACACAGGGAGCACAAUGCCCUGCCAUUGCAAUGGAAGAUCCAGAAUGCCAGCUGUGCCCACCUGGAGCAGUGCUUCCAAAAAAUCCACUCCAGGGAGGUCGGCCCAGCUCUCGGGCUCAUCUGCUCAGGCUUCCAGCCCAAGGUGCAGAGCCGCCUAGUGGGGGGCCGCGACAUAUGUGAAGGCACCGUGGAGGUGCGCCAGGGCGGGCAGUGGGCAGCCCUGUGUGACAGCUUCCCAGACAAGAACCCAGCACGGUGGGAGGAGGUGUGCCAGGAACAGCAAUGUGGCAGCGUCGAUACCUAUCGGGAGUUGGAUGCCGGUGAGAAGGCCUCCCAGGGGCUCAUCUGUCUCCAGGAGAAGCUGUCCCAGUGUCAUGAGCUUCAGGAAAAAAAACCCCGCUGCAAAAGGGUGUUUGUCACAUGCCGGAACCUGCCCCCAGCAGGCCUGGGGGCUGGCACCGUGGCAAGCAUCAUCCUGGCCCUCCUGCUCCUAGCUAUGCUGCUGGUUGUGUGUGGCCCUCCCGCCUACAAGAAGGUGGUGAAGAAAUUCCGCCAGAAGAAGCAGCGCCAGUGGAUCGGCCCAACAGGAAUGAACCAGAACAUGUCUUUCCAUCGCAACCACACGGCCACCAUCCGAUCCCAGGUCGAAAACCCCACAGCCUCGCACGUGGAUAACGAAUACAGUCAGCCCCCCAGGAAUUCCCACAUCUUGGCUUAUCCAGCUCUGGAAGGGGCCCUGCACCGUUCUUCUGCCCAGCCUGAUAACUCCUCUGACAGCGACUAUGACCUACACGGGGCCCAGAGACUGUAAAAGAUCUGGGAGCCGGGAACAAAGCUCAAGAGCCAGACCUGUUAGUCCUGAGAAAACGCUGCAUUCACCACUUGGAAAUGACGUCUGACUCGUACCCCUAACCGGAACAUGCCAGAACAGGAGUGCCUUUCAAACACAACCCACUACCCUACAGUUGCAGGCCAGCUCUUACGUCUCCCUGCAGAACCUGGCUCACUGAAGACCCCACAACAGCUCGGCUGAGCCCCCCAAGUGCAGAAGAUGUGGAAAGGCAGACCCGGAAACAAGAUGCCCUCCCAAGUAGAGACACCCCCAGCCCAUCCCCUGUCUGCUGUGACAGUGAUACCAAGUAGACUCCGACCCCAGUGAGUGAGAAGGAAGCUCACGUCUGGGUGGAGAGGGUGAUUCUCUACUGCAUUUUUAAUUGUUCUUUGUAAAUAAUGCUUUUUCUACUGAGAA